AUGUAUAGUUCAUCUAAUCGUUAUGUUAAAUUAGUAACUCAUGUAAAUCAAAAACUUGCUAAAAUUAGAGUUAUUGAAGAUUCUUUGGAUCCUAUUUGGAAUGAAACGCAUUUCUUGAUUUUAUCAACCUUGAAUGAAGUUUUAAGAUUGGAAUUAUGGGAAUUUAAUGAACUUGGUAAUGACAAGCCGCUUGGAAUGGCUACUUUGAAAUUAAAAAUGUUAUUAACAAAUCCAGUUCAAGAAAAUAUUACAUCUCCUGUAUUGUUUGAGGGUAAAUCUCAUUGUGAAAUAAAUUUUGAUGCAAUCUGGUAUCCUGUAGCUGAGAUCAAAGAUGAAGAGCCAUCUCAAUCAAAUGGUGUUUUACGCUUCAAUAUUCAUCAAGCCAAAGAUCUUGAUCCUGGUCGCUUCCUAACAAAUAAUCCUGCUUGGGAGAUAACUAUAAUUAUUCGUGAUGAGAAAGAUUUUCUCAUUGAUCCAGUUGUUUGCAAAUGGGAAUCCACUUUGGAUCAAUUUUUAGAAAAUAUUAAGGAAAGAGUGGAGUGGUUUAAUAUAAUUGAACCUAAAAUUGGUAAAUUAAGAUUAAUUUGCCUAUGGAAACCUGUGAUAAUGGAUCAUAUUCCCGGAAACAAUAGAUAUGAUGAACCAUGUGGAUUUGGUUCUGGGAUAGGAAAUGUCAUCGCUGGAAGAAGCUCUUUUGUUGGCUGUGGUGAAAAUUUAGUUGAUUCUGGUCUAAAUCUUGUCGGUUCAGGAGCAAAUGCAUUUGUUUCUGGUGCAGGAAAUAUUUUUGGUACUGGAUUCUGUCUUUUAAAGAAGCCCAAAUCGGAAAAGUCUGAUCAAUCGGACCAAUCAGAGAAAUCAGAUAAUUUAGACAAAUCAGAAAAAAAUGUAACAAGCAGGUUUAUUGACAGGGAAGAAAAAUGUACAAUAAACAUUAAUGAUCCAUCAACUAUUAUAAAUUUGUCAGUAAGGCAUCAUAAAGCAAAGAGUAAAGACAUAGAUAUUGGAUCAUACGAGUUUAAAGUGAACGAACAUAUUCAACCGAGAACUGAAAAAGACUUUUAG